ACGGGGAGAAGAGUCUCCAUUCUCCAGCUGUCUGUCUAUGAAGAGUGACUGGUCCAAAGAUGAACUUAUAUACUUCAGUAAUGAACCUGGACCCCCAGACACAAAAGGGAAGAGGAAAAGUCAUGUUCCUGUGGAGGAGCAGCUGUCCAGCUGUGCUCUGUGUCAGGACGUCCUGAAGGAUCCAGUCUCUACCAGCUGUGGACACUGGUUCUGCAGACAGUGCAUCACCUCAUACUGGGAGCAACAACCUCCAUCAGGAGACUCCUCAUGUCCCCAGUGUGGGAAAAGAUCCAGAACCAGAGCUGGACUGCAGACAGCCAGUCAGACCAGAACAGUACAAACAGAACGUGGUCUGCAGGAGGUUUUAGAUGAACAUAGGCUCAGUCUGAAGGGGAGAUGUGAACAAGUGACUGAAGGAACUGAUAAAAGUGAAACCAGCCUCAACAGGAUCUUCACUGAGCUCUACAUCACACAAGGACAGAGUAAAGAGGUUAACACCCAACAUGAGGUGAGGCAGCUUGAGGCAGCUUACAAGACAAAUACCCUCCAUUACACUCCAAUCAAGUGCCAGGACAUCUUUAAAGCCUCACCUGACCAACAGACUCACAUCAGAGCGGUCCUGACCAACGGAGUCGCUGGAGUUGGAAAAACCUUCUCAGUGCAGAAGUUCACUCUGGACUGGGCCGAGGGUUUGGGAAACCAAGAUGUCAGUCUGGUGAUCCCGCUCUCCUUCAGGGAGCUGAACCUGAUCAAAGGUGAGCAGUACAGUCUUCUCAGACUGCUCCAUGAUUUCCAUCCAACCUUACAUGAGGUCACAGCAGAGCAGCUGGCUGUCUGCAAAGUGCUGUUCAUCUUUGACGGCCUGGAUGAAAGCAGACUUUCUCUGGACUUCAAAAACAAUGAGGUUGUGUCUGAUGUCUCUCAACAGUCCUCAGUCGACGUGCUGCUGACAAACCUCAUCAGGGGGAAGCUGCUUCCCUCGGCUCUCGUCUGGAUAACUUCCAGACCUGCAGCGGCCAAUCAGAUCCCUUCUGAGUGUGUGGACAGGGUAACAGAAGUACGAGGCUUCACUGACGUCCAGAAGGAGGUGUACUUCAGGAGGAGAUCGAGUGAUGAAGAAUGGUCCAGCAGAAUCAUCUCUCACAUCAAGAGCUCCAGGAGCCUCCACAUCAUGUGUCAGAUCCCAGUCUUCUGCUGGAUCACUGCUGCAGUUCUGGACCGCAUGUUGACUACAGACCAGAGAGGAGAGCUGCCCAAGACCCUCACUGACAUGUACUCACACUUCCUGCUGGUCCAGACCAAGAGGAAGAAGCAGAAGUAUGAAGAGGGACAUGAGAGCAGUCCACAGCAGCUGACGGAGGCUGACAGGGAGCUUCUUCUGAAGCUGGGGAGGCUGGCGUUUGAACAUCUGGAGAAAGGGGACAUCAUGUUCUACCAAGAAGACCUGGAGCGCUGUGGUCUUGACGUCACAGAGGCCUUGGUGCACUCAGGAGUUUGUACAGAGAUCUUCAAAAGAGAGAGUGUGAUCUUCAAGAAAACUGUCUACUGCUUUGUUCAUCUGAGCAUUCAGGAGUUUCUGGCUGCAGUCUACAUGCUGCACUGUUACACCAACAGAGACACAGAGGUACUGAAGGACUUCCUGCAGGGAGACUAUAACAACAUGUUUAGCAGUGAUCAGGAUUACCCAUCCCUGGAUGUCUUCCUGAAGAGCGCCAUGAUGAAAUCACUCAAAAGUAGAAAUGGCCACCUGGACCUGUUUGUCCGCUUCCUCCACGGCCUCUCUCUGGAGUCCAACCAGAGACUCUUAGGAGGCCUGCUGGGUCGCACAGACAAACGUCCAGCAAUCAUCCAGAGAGCCAUCAGCAACCUGAAGGAGAUGAGAAGUGAUGAAGUCUCUCCCGAGAGGAGCCUCAACAUCUUCCACUGUCUGACAGAGAUGAACGACCACUCGGUACUUCAGGAGAUCACAGAGUUCCUGACGUCAGAGAACAGAUCAGAGAAGAGACUCUUUGUCUGUAAUAUGUGUUAUAACAGAAUUCCUGACAGUGGAUUCUUAGACUGGGAAGUCGUGGCCUCCAAUCUGAGAGAGCUGGAGAUGAGAGUCGGUCUGCAGGAUUCAGAGGCGGCGGAGCAGCUGAGUUCUGGACUGAAGAGUCCAAACUGUAGACUGAAGGCUCUGAGACUGGGGUACUGCAGGUUGUCAGAGAUCAGCUGUGCUGCUCUGAUCUCAGCUCUGAAGUCCAACCCUUCCCAUCUGAGAGAUCUGGACCUGAGUUACAGCGAUCUGCAGGAUUCAGGAGUGAAGCUGCUGAGUGAUCUUCUGGAGAGUCCAGACUGCAGACUGGAGACUCUCAAACUGGGGUACUGCAGGUUGUCAGAGAUCAGCUGUGCUGCUCUGAUCUCAGCUCUGAAGUCCAACCCUUCCCAUCUGAGAGAUCUGGACCUGAGUGGCAACGAGCUGCAGGAUUCAGGAGGGAAGCUGCUGAGUGAUCUUCUGGAGAGUCCAGACUGCAGACUGGAGACUCUCAGACUGGGGUUCUGCAGUUUGUCAGAGAUCAGCUGUGUUGCUUUGAUCUCAGCUCUGAAGUCCAACCCUUCCCAUCUGAGAGAUCUGGACCUGAGUGACAACGAGCUGCAGGAUUCAGGAGUGAAGCUGCUGAGUGAUCUUCUGGAGAGUCCAGACUGCAGACUGGAGACUCUAGAACUGGAGGCCUGCAGUUUAUCAGAGAUCAGCUGUGCUGCUCUGGCCUCAGCUCUGAAGUCCAACCCUUCCCAUCUGAGAGAGCUGAACCUGAGAAACAACGAUCUGCAGGAUUCAGUCGUGAAGCUGCUGAGAGAUCUUCAGGAGAGUCCAGACUGCAGACUGGAGAAACUCGGGUCCAUGAGGGAAUAUCGUCUUCUCAACAAAUGGCAGUGCGUUCAGCCCCGUAAUCCUGCAUGAGGUUCAAUUUCUGUCCCUCAACUCUUUGGAAACAGUCAGAAGAACGGCUACGGAGAACACGAAGAACAGUUUUCAAUGACGACAUUUUUGCGUUAAUCACCCCGACUCAAUUAAUCUCACGUGACUAUUUUUCACUCAUGUUCCCGGUAAUAACACGUUUUCUUCAUAAACCUAGUCUAAAUAAACUGCAGUGAGUAACAUUUCCAUGGAGUAGGAAGAUAUUCAAUACCAAGAAGCACAUGAUUGCGUUUUUCAGUUUUUUUAAUCUUUAAUACUUUUGUAUGCAUGCUUGAGGUAACAUUAAGCUGUCUGUGGCUCUUUUCUGCUGUAACAAUGUACAUUUCCCCUCUGUGGGACUAAUAAAGGUAUUCUGAUUCUGA